AUGAUGUUAUUAUGACCUCUUGAUCCUUAAGGAUGUGCAUCUUGUAAAAGAAGGUGGUUAUCUCGGCAUAUCUACAGAUGUCCUGGCAUUAAUGGAACAUGGCAUCUUGAUGGGUAUGACAAAAUUAAACCAUUUGGUUUUCCCAUCAGUGGGUGUAUUGAUGGUUAUUCAAGAAGAGUUGUGUUCUUGGAAGUUGCCUCCAGUAAUAAUGAUCCAAAAAUAAUAGCCGGAUACUACCUUGAGUGUGUUAAAGAAGUUGGAGGAUGCCCCAGGCUAGUAGAGACUGACUGUGGAACUAAAAAUGGUGUUAUUGCCAGUUUGGAAUCAGUCUUC